AUGAUUUCCAACGGUCAGUCUCCUUACCAAGAAAUCUCCUACCGCAAGCCAACAUACGCUGGCUGCGAGUACCAACAACUGCAGUACCAGCAGCUGCAGUACCAGAGACUGCAGGCAUCGCCCCUUCUCCAGGCUCACAGCCUGGAGAUCCUACAGCUUGAUACAACCAGAAGCUAUAUCCAGCAUGGUUUGUGGGCCAUCCUUCGCGCACAGGCGACACAAAGUCUGUCACAGCUGGUCUUCGCAGCUAACCAUCACCUUAGGACACGAGAAAUGAAACUUGUGGGCUGCGCGCCCAGAAAGUACGACUUCAUGUACUUGAGAAUUGCCUUCGACAAGUACAUGAAAUCGUACUUGCGAGUCGGCUUUGGCAAGUACGACUUUAUGUACUUGCGCAUUGACUUCGCGAAUGAUUGCAAUUAUAGAGAACUGAUCUCUGUCCUCCAGCAUUGGCUGUGGUCGAGCACUUCAUCUUUGCCAGUUGGCUUCGGCAAAUACGACUUCAUGUAUUUGCGCAUCGAUUUCGCCAACGACUGCAAUGUUGGGCGUGGUACCUUGAGGCAUCAUGUAUUUGCGAGCCGGCUUUGGAAAAGAAUGGGCACAACCGACUUCGCCAAUGAUUGCAACGUUGGAGACGGUUGGGAAAGGUACCUAACUGACGAGAUGGACGUCACCCCUUCGAAGCGCGCCAAGACUACCAGACGUGGUCCUGCCCGUGGAACGAUACCUUCCCGCUCUGCUGCCGUCAAGGCCGCCGCUACCAUCGCCGAAGCCGCACAGCAGCAGCCCCUGAGCAGCGGGUCGUCCCCCGAAGAGAUACCCGCUCCCAUCGUCGCGCCUAUUGUGGUCCCGGUCCUCAUUCAUCCUCCCCCUCCUCUUAACACCAUCCGUCCCCAGUCCCUCUUUGGCAACGUUGAGCGCAAGCCCCAGCCUCAGCAGCCCCGCGGCUUCAUGACCAACCAUGGCAUGAAUAACCAUGUGGAACGCUUCCCGCCGGUGUUCUGCUCUGCGAUCUGGCCCUACACUACAAGGCACGAACGGAGCAAGAAUGAGAACAUAUACUUGAACGUCAGUGAUGGAAAAUAUGACUUCAUGUAUUUGGAAGUCGGCUUUGCAAGUACGACUUUAUGUACUUGCGGGCCGACUUUGCGAACGACUGCAAUGUCGGGGGCGGUGGCUGCUUGA